AGCACAGGAUAAAUUUGAAAUUCUUGAUACCCGUUUUUGAAAUUCUUGAUACCCGUUUUUGAAAUUCUUGAUACCCGCCCAUAAUUCCACUUUUUGCGCUUUGAUUAACAAUUUACUUCGCAAUUCCUAUUCCUACGACUUGCUUCUCCAUUGUCUACAUGAUUUAUUUCCAUCGAUCCUCUUACUCCUGCUACCAUCCGGAUUCCUCUUACUCCUACUACCAUUAUUGAUUGCUCUUUCGCAUUGAAAAAUACUUAAUAGAUAGAAAAGAAAGGAUGCCUCUCUGUGCCUGCUGAUCUUCCGUCUCGUUUACGUGACAUCCUUGGAGAGGACCGCACAGCCUGAAAGUAGAUGAGGGUGCACGACCAGUAGGUGUUGCUGCAACCGAAUAGCAAGAAUGGCCACGCGACGGGUGAAGAACGUGGAGUACGAUGAGUACGAGGACGGCUGGGAUGACUACGGCGAAGAGUGGGAUGGCGACUGGGGGAGCGGGGAGUGGAACGAAGGUGGUUGGGCUGGUGCUGAAGAUGGGGGGUACUGGGACGACAAGGGGAACUGGGUUGCCACGUCUGAGAAAAAAGCGCCCGCAACUACUAGCACGGCUUCGACCAAGAAAAGUGGCGAUAACAACAAGAAAAGUGGGGCGCCAGCAGCAAAAGCACAAAGCAAGAAGCCAAAUGCAGCUGCGCCAAUAGAGAAAAAAGCUGUGACAAGUGCUAGUCCUACUGGGAAAGCGAAGUCAGGCUCUACAAGUGGAAAAGCCGAGGAGACCGGUUCUUCCAGCGGAGCGAAAGGCACCAAGAAACCAGCUUCUUCACCUGACGAAGGUACACCAGCGGUAGGGACUUCGCGUGAGGACGCUGCCGACAAGCGAGCUCGUGACUAUGCUUUAGCGCAUUUGAUAUCUUCUUCUCCGGAGAUAAACGAGAAGACAGACGAGAAUAAAGCGGCUAAUGAGGUUCAAAAAGAUCAUCAAGGAGAAGAGGAGACAAGAAAAAGAACGCAAGGCAACUUCGAGGCUCUCGCGAAGCAGGAUCCAGAAAUUUAUCGAAAGCCACCUCUAGCGGUCGUCGUGGUGGGACAUUUAUGAAAGACAACUAUUAGAUACACCAUUUUAUAGGACAGACUCAGUAACUCCGCCACGGAACGGACAUUUCCGAAAAGGGCACUCUUGGCGAUAGUGAUUCCGCAGAAAGAGUCUGUUGUAAGUAGUAUCUUUCCACCAAAAUAAGUUCUGGCUUUCAUACUUCGUCGAUGCCGGCAAGAGCACGCUGAUGGGGCAUUUGUUGGUGCAGCUCGGCGUUGUCUCAACCUCCCAGUUUCACAAGCUACAGCGUGACGCGAAGGUCGCUGGAAAAGAGAGCUUCAAGUAUGCUUGGGUGCUAGAUGAGGGGGAGGAAGAGCGCGCAAGAGGUGUUACGGUGGAGCUAACGGCCAAGCACUUUGAGUCGGACUCUCACUUUGUGACGAUUUUAGACGCACCAGGUCACAAAGAAUUCGUCCCGACGAUGUUGCAAUCCGCUUACCUUGCCGAUGUGGCUGUUCUAGUGGUAUUUAGUGCAUUUGUUUUGGAGGUCAUGAUUCUCUUCACUCUUGUUAAGUACUUAUUUCUUGUUUGCUUUGUGAGUGCUGUCACGCCUCCCUCAUGCCUUGAUUGAUUUUUUCCUGGAUCUUAGGUUGACGUUCGUGACUUCGACGGGGGGUUCCAUCGUGGCGGGCAAACAAAGGAGCAUGCCCAAUUGCUUCGCGUAUGCGGUGUAGAGCGUGUGAUCGUGGCUUUGAACAAGAUGGAUUCCGUCGAUUGGGACUACGAUAUUUUCUGCACGCGCCGUGAACACGUGAUGGACUUUCUUCUAUCGCUGAAUUUCAAACGGGAAAAUCUGUGGUGCGUUCCGCUUUCUGCCUUCCAAGGCAAAAACAUCCAGACCGCGCCCGAGGAGUUGCAAACGGAGCAAUGGAUGGAAUCGAAGGAGGAAAGGAGUGAUUCGACGAAGGCCUCGGCGAAAGGUGCAUCUUCUUCUGCAGAGAAAGAACAAAAUGCCACCCGCUCGACGUUCUCGCCGCCUAAACGAGCAACGGAUGCAGCGAACAAGUUAUCUCUUCUUGGUGCGAUCGAGGCAGCUGGAGCCGCAAUGCGCCCUAGUAGAGCAGGAGAGACCUCCCCCAAGAGAGGGACGACGCAGCAAACGACAAAAGGGGUAAACGUCGAAGAGGCGGUUUGGAGCGGUCCCAGCGACUUAAUUUUGCCGGUUACUGACGCUUUUCCAUCAGGAGGAAAUACGAUUGUCAGUGGGCGCUUAGUGUCUGGCCAAUUGCGUGUGGGGGACACAGUCCGAGUUUUACCCGCGAACGAGACGGCGAAGGUGAAGGCACUGGCAGCGCGUGGUAGGGACUCGCCUUGCAGUUCGGUUCCGCAGGGGCACUACAUUGAUGCGUGCACGUUGCAGCUCGACCCUGUGUACAUGCGCAGUGGAUCCAUAAUCGUCGCUUCGUCUACGUCGUGUACGACUACUGCUGCUACGAGAGAACCAGAUGGAUCGUCGGUGUCACCACGCAACACAUCAACAUCAAUGUCGCCUUCGCCUGCGUUAUCACUCCAGGCGACGUUGCGUGCAACGGUGAGUAUUUUGGACAGCGACGUGAUCGUCGUGAAGGGGCAACAGUUUUCCUGCUACCUAGGGACGCAAUUUGCCAACGCCACGCUGCGCAAAGUACACUCAGUAUGGAACCAGACCGCCAAGCCUAAGUGCUUGGUCAAAGGAAUGACGGCGGACGUUACCUUAACGUUAGACCGGGCUCUCCUAGUGGUGAUGGCGCCAAGUAGACAAGGUCAGAGUUCAACAAUGAAUUGCCUUUCACGGUUGGUGCUGCGUGCACAGGGAGCUUCUGUCGCGGCUGGCAAAGUCCAGAUCUCCACAGGAGAGUGA